UUAUCAAUCUUAAGUUAUAAAUUCUGGUGAGCUGGCUUAGAAGACAACCAACAAUACAAUGAUAAAAAUUGUUGGCAACAUCGGCUGUCACAUGUGGCUAUCCUAACCAAAAAACCGAGCAAUUGUUUUAAGUUCAUUUAUCGUUUAAUACAUUAAGAUUUACCCCAAUUUUACAAUUGAGCACAACCUGAAACAAUAAUAAUGGAAGAGGACGACGUGGAGGUGAUAUACUUAGACGAAGACGAAGACUUUGCAGAGGAAGUGCCCGAUGAAGACAUGUUUAGUGAAGAACCGGAAGACGAUGAAGAUUUCUCAAAAACCACGUUCGCCAAACAUUCAAAAUCGGUGUUUUGCGGCGAUUUGAGCAAAAACAGCGAGCUUGCGGCGACAGGGGGCGAAGACGACUUUGCCUAUCUCUGGUCCACUCAAACCGGGGACGUUAAACUUACGUGCACGGGCCAUAAAGACUCGGUAAUUGCGGUUUGUUUUAACCACGACAACAAACUGUUAGCGACUGGAGACAUGUCCGGUUUGAUCCAAGUCUGGAACGUCCAAGACAGCAAACUGAUUUGGUGCUACGAGAGCGACGAUUUGGAGUGGUUGAGUUGGCACACGUUUGCCAAUGUUUUGAUCGCUGGGACGCAGUCUGGAGAGGUUUAUGUUUGGCAAAUCCCCCAAGGCAAUUGUCACGUGUUAACGUCUCACGGUUCGUCAUGCACUUGCGGGAAAUUACUGCCGGACGGUAAACAGAUCCUUGCCGGUUAUGCCGAUGGUUUGGUUAAGUUAUGGGACAUUAAAAGCGGGACGGUGAAAUGGCAAGUUGCGGAUCAAUCCAAAGGCAAUGUCACCUCAAUUGAAAUCGAUUCAAGUGGGACUUUGUGUUCCGUUGCCCCAAGUUCGAGUUUAAUCAACAUUUCCAACGGGAAAUCACUUGGUGCCUUGUUGGUUGAGGGAGAAACGGACAUAGAGGCUCACAUUUUUAGCAGCGAGCUUAAUCUUUUAGUCACUGGGUCGUUAAGUGGGCAAGUGUGCGUCUGGGACGUGGCCAAGCACGUGAUAAGGCAUCAAGCGAGGCUUGAUAGUGGGAUAACCGUCUUGAAAUUGGGGUCAAACGGGACUGUUUUUAUUGGAUCAACUAGGGGACCAGUUUACUUGUGUGAUGUUCGGACCGGUAGUUACCUCCACACGUUAAAAGGGCAUAAAGCUAAUGUCUUGAGUUUGUGUCUGGCGCUUGAUGGGGGCUCGGUUUUAACUACUUCCGACGACAAAACGGCAAAGAUUUUUCUCAUUAAUGAAAUAGUUAAUAAAUCGGGAUGAUGGGCAAAAAUCAAUAAAUUUUAUAACUGUUUUAGUUUUUUCAUAUAAAUGUUUAUUGAUUUCUUGAAACAAAUACAAAACCUGGUACAAUUAA